UCCUGCUCGCGCAGCCUCGGCUCGGUGGUUAGCUCGACGCUCAUGCCCUUGAAGGCCUCCGCGCUCUCGGGUCGGACGGAGAGGGAUGUUAGUCACGGGCCCUGGGAGCCGUAAUUACGGUCAGAAGCUUGUGCUUGCUGUGUCGCGGCGGCGCUCCCUCUGGCUCAAGCCUCUGGCUCAAGCCGCGGAGCUGGAGGCCGGCCCCGGCGACCAAGGCACCCAAGGCGAUCGAGGCGAUCGAGGCAACCGAAGCGACCAAGGCGACCGAGGCGACCGAGGCGAUCAAGGAGACCAAGGCGACCAAGGCGACAAGGCGAGCGAGGCGAGCGAGGCGAGCGAGGCGAGCGAGGCGACCGAGGCGACCGAGGCGAUCGAGGCGACCAAGACGACCAAGGCGACCAAGGCGAGCAAGGCGCCCAAGGUGACCAAGGCGACCAAGGCGACUGGUCGGGCCUCAUAAUGCCAGCGUGAGGAAGUCUCCACCGCCAGCAUGGUUUCAGAUUUAAGCUUUGGCGUCCCUGGGGUCGAAGAAUCGAAGUACGGCACUUUUGCGCAAGAAGCGGCACCUGGCAAUGUCACCGCCGCGGCUAUCGGCCCUGGUGACGUGCCCGGCAAUCCUGCCGUAGUCUAUGCCGCCGUUAGCCGCCCUAGUGACGUCCCUGGGAAUCCAAUCGUGGUCUGCGGCAGCUCGUCUCCUUCCGUGAAGGCGCCAGAUUCUUUCCUCCUUUUCCUCCUCCGCCUGGUGCUCCCCCAAGGUCCGCCGCCCUCCACGCUCAUAGCUCUGAUGCCCAUGCGAGUGGUGCUGUCGGCAUAGUGUUGCACCCGUCCGAUUCGGUUUUUUGCCGCCCUGGCGAUAUUGUCAUGCCCACGCACACAAAUCAGCCUGGCUCGACUUUUUCCUGCCCUGGAUACAAUGUUGACGUGCGCAUGCCUGCUCACCCGUCGGUUCCGGCUUUGGCUUCUCGCCGCCCUGGUGAUGUUAUCACUCCUCGCGCACUCUUGUGGAACCGAUUGUGCAAGAAAAACAGCGACAACAAAAACCUAAAGUUCAAGGGUAAUCACCCCUUGGAAAUAACAAUGGCAUCUCGGCCAAACAGGUAACUCCACGCCCAUGAUAUUCUGACAUCGGCCGACACUCGAUAGACUCACCGCAUGGUACACGUUGACAAAACAACUCAAAACAAAUUAUCC